AUGGAGAUCACGGGCAGCGCGAUGCUGAAGCCGGUGUACACGGCGCCGCACCCACUGGCCGGCGAGAAGGUCCCGCUGACCGUGUUCGACCGCGCGGCCCUGGACAUGUUCGUCCCCAUGGUGUUGGCCUACCCGGCCCCGGCGCCUUCCAACGCGGCGCUCAAGGAGGGCCUCCUCAGGGCCGUCGCGCCGUCCCCUCACCUGGCGGGCCGCCUCCCCGUGGACAGCCGUGGCCGGCGGUUCAUCCACGUCAACGACGAGGGCGUGCUAGUCAUCGAGGCCACCGUCGCGGCCGACCUGGCCGACGUGCUCGUCGGCGGCCGCAUGGCCGGAAGCGUCGACGACCUGUACCCGAAGAUACCCGAGGAGAACGUUGGGGCGGCGCUGCUGCAGGUCAAGCUGAACCGGUACAAGUACCGCGGCCUGGUGAUCGGUGUGUCUUACCACCACCACACCGCCGACGGGGUGGCCAUGGACGCCUUCCUCACCACGUGGGCGAGAGCGGUGCGUGAAGGCAACGGCUUCACCGUGCCAUCCUUUUUCCUUGGCAGGGAGGCCACGGCCGUGCCACGCAGCACGCCGAAGCCGGCGUUCGACCACCGGUCCAUCGAAUUCAAGGCCAGAGAAGACAACAGCAACUCAAGCAAGUCUUACGACGCCGUCCUUUCCAUGUACAAGAUGAAGAACCUCGCCGUGCACUUCCCGGCAGAGUUCAUCGCCGAUCUCAAAGCCCGUGUGGGCUUCCGUUGCAGCACGUUCCAGUGCCUGCUCGCGCACGCGUGGAAGAAGUUGACGGUGGCGCGGGGGCUGAAGUCGGAGGAGUUCACGCAGGUGAAGGUGGCCGUGAACUGCAGGGGCAAGGCCAGUUCUCCCGUGCCGACGGAAUUCUUCGGGAACAUGGUGCUCUGGGCGUUCCCAAGGCUGCAGGCCCGGGACGUCCUCAGCUGGAGCUACGGCCGUGUCGUCGGUGCUAUCCGUGACGCCGUGGGGCGCGUCGACGAGGAGUAUAUCCAGUCGUUCGUGGACUUCGGCGCGGUGGCGGACGCCAACGGAGAGGAGCUCCAGGCCACGGCGGGUGCCGGCACGAUGUUAUGUCCGGACAUAGAGGUGGACAGCUGGCUGGGGUUCAAGAUCAACCGACUGGACUUUGGCACCGGGACGAACACCGUGUUCCUGCCGCCCGACUUGCCAAUCGAGGGGCUCCUCGUGUUCGUGCCGUCGUGCACCGAGAUGGGCGCCGUCGACCUCGUUUUGGCCGUCGCCGAGGAUCACGCCGCGGCGUUCGAGAACACUUGCUACUCCUUGGAUCAUCUCCCAGCAAGGAUGUAA